AUAGGAACAGUUCAACUCUCUUUAAGAGUUGUGUGAGGAUAUCUGAAAAAGUCGUAGGACAAUUUUUUAUGGUAUCAGUUGUUUUUUUUUUUGACAGCUGUUAAAACAGAAAGAUGGAAGUGAAAACGGGUACCGAUAGUGACCAAUCCUCAAUGAAUAAAUCUGAUAUGAUUAAAAUGUGCUAUAGUCUCUUAUUGGAGCAACAAAAAGAGGACAUAAAAAUUGAUUCUUAUGGUGAUUUGAUAAUUGCUACGCCGCAUUCGAAAUGUUAUCUGAUGGAUACAGCAAAAAGAAUCGUACAGGAAGAGAUUGUAAAAAUUAGUCAGGACACUUUGGCAGAUGGUAGAAAAGGUUUUGAAAAGGAUGUAAUUCAAGAACGAAAAACAGAUUUCACCAUGAGAUGGAAAACUAGAAAAUCGCCAUACUUCUAUAACGAUUAUAACACUUUACUUGAAAUACCAAAACUAAUGCGAUCACCCCAAAAUCUUGUUUUAAUGAAUAAUCUCUUUUUCUCCUGUUUCUGCGAGAAAUACUAUGAUGGCACUAGAAGAUUAAUUUUACAUGGAAAUGAUCUCCUCUUAAGAAUACGGAGACGCUUCGAAGACUGGGAUAUGCCUUACUUGUUAAUAUUUCUACGAAGCAACAGGGAUGUGGUUUCUUUGAGUUUACCAUACAAUAGAAUUCACUCUGCAGGAUUUAUGAAUUUAAUUGACCACAUAAGUGCUUACAAUGAUAUAUUAGAACUAAACUUGCAAAACAAUUUCCUGGAGAAACCUGGAAUUGAAUAUAUGUGCUCCGUGGGAGAAAAAUUGCAAUUGAGGAUUCUUCAAUUAAAUGGAAAUAAAUUUGGAGUGGAUGCUGCCAAGGAAGUAGCAUUGCUACUACUCAAGAAUCCAUAUAUACGUUACUUGGAUGUGGCUGAAGUGGAUCAGACUAUAUCUAGUUUAGUAUAUUUCACAACAGUUAUGAGAAAUGAUCAGAAUCAAUAUAAUGACACUCUAAAGAUAUUAGACAUCAGCAGACCCAAUUCAGAAUUCAAAUACUACUUCGACACAGAACAUUUUGCAACUGUUCUUGGCGAACUAUUGAGAUUUAAUAAAUGCCUGGUCGAGUUACAUGUACAAAAAUAUGGAUUUUCCUGUCAUGACAUAGAAAUUAUGUUAAUUGAUGCUCAGCACAAUAAUACUCUGCAUUUACUCGAUUUGAGUAGAAAUAAUAUAGGAGAUCAUGGAAUGGAAAAAAUUGCUGAUUGGUUGAAAACUAGACCAGCCUUACAAGGCCUUCUUCUUGCACAUAAUAUUAUAACUAGUACUGGUGCUCGAGCUUUGAGCUUUUGCAUGCCAUUCUCUAGAAUUCGUUUAUUGGAUAUUUCUCAUAAUCAAAUAUCAGAUGAGGGAGGUGUAGACUUAUUGAAUACGAUAAAGAAAAGUACUCCUAUUAGACAUCUUAGAUUAUUUGGUAACAACCUUGGUCACCUUACAGCACAAAUUGUUGAGCGAAUGUUAAUGUCUGGUGUAUUGACACAAGAUAAUCUGGACAUUAUACCCUAUAGAAUUGAUGGCCGAUUGAAUCUGGCAUUUUAUCCAGCCGAUCACUAUAAACAGAGAUAUUAUAAUGUUCCAGUUUAUGGUUAUCCACAGCCACUAAGACUUCCUUACAUCUGUAAUGCAUUCAAAGGAAAAGCUAUGCCAAAAAUCAGAUUUAAAUAUUUUGAUCCAGUACCAAUCGAACGUAGAAGGCCUAGGGUAUGCAGUUUGGAGAAAAGAAUUUAUAUGAAAAUAUUAUUCUUGUUAUUACAUUUUCAGAUCCACCCAGAGGAUCCUUAUGCAUGCAUCUGUUGUAAGUGCAAAGAUGAUCAGGCUAUGAAUUCUUUGGCACCAUCCAAUUCGGAUAUAAAUUCUGAGCUUUGUAUCUGUGGUGUAUGCCAGUAUGAAGAGCAUCGAAAGGAACCUAGCAUUUGUUACUCAGACAUUACAAUGUUGUCAAAAUCAUCCUAUUCCCGUCAUUCUGAUGACUGCACAUGUUGCUAUUGCGAAGUCUGUGAAGUUUUUGAUAUCACUUAGGAAAAUCUGAAAGAGAUUCUGAAGUGGUCAAUAAUCAUAUUGCUCACUGCACAUGCUGUGAGUGUACAAAAGUUCAGUGCGAUACUCUAGCGUCAUCCUCAUCCUCCACAUCAUCUAAACCAGACAAAGUGCAGCAUCUCUACGAGUCUAAAGCAUUGCAUAAAAUUGCACUGAUAUUGGAUCAUGUGGAUUCAGAGAUGCGAAAUCAUAUUUUGCGAUGGGUCACAAUAGAUGAGGUCACUCUCGAAGAGGAUUUAAAGGCUGGACAUGGUAUAGUAAUCAUACGACUAUAAUAUUUCAUUAAACAAUUAUAUUAAAACUAAUUAGUAUUAUUAGAUGAAAGUAAUUCAGAACAAUCAGUCGAUCAGGAACCCAUAUGCACCUGUUGGAUACCUAUCACGGUUCCGAUACAGAUUCCUUGCUGCAUUGACGAAACAACAUAAUAAAUAAUAAAAAAAUAUAUCGAUCACAUUUGGCACAAAACAAUUCCGCGAAAAAUUUGAUGUAUUUAAAGAAUUAAUAACAUAAAAUAUACAAUUU